CCACUUGAACACUUUUCUGCGUAAACGUGGCUUAUACGUGGUAUUGAAUUCAACAGUAGAGAAGAUAGUUAAAAUCCAAAAAUGGCCAAAAUUCCGGCAGUCGGUAUAGAUCUCGGUACGACGUAUUCUUGCGUCGGUGUGUUUCAACAUGGCAAGGUGGACAUUAUUGCGAACGAUCAAGGAAACCGUACGACACCGUCGUAUGUGGCCUUUACUGACACAGAGCGACUCAUCGGCGAUGCUGCCAAGAAUCAAGUGGCCAUGAAUCCAAAUAACACAAUUUUCGAUGCGAAGCGUUUGAUUGGGCGGAAAUUUGACGAUCCCACUGUCCAGGCAGACAUGAAGCAUUGGCCUUUCGAUGUGAUCAACGAUGGAACCAAGCCGAAACUGCGGGUGGAGUACAAAGGCGAGAAGAAGUCGUUCUUCCCGGAGGAGGUCUCGUCGAUGGUACUCACCAAAAUGAAGGAAACGGCCGAAGCGUACCUUGGAAAGAACAUUGCGAAUGCGGUCAUCACCGUGCCAGCGUAUUUCAACGAUUCGCAGCGUCAAGCAACGAAGGAUGCUGGGGCUAUUGCCGGUCUGAAUGUGCUGCGCAUAAUCAAUGAGCCGACGGCCGCGGCCAUUGCCUAUGGGCUAGACAAGAAGGGUGCCGGUGAACGCAAUGUGCUUAUUUUUGAUCUAGGCGGGGGCACCUUUGACGUUUCGAUCCUCACAAUCGAGGAUGGCAUUUUCGAGGUUAAGUCCACCGCCGGCGAUACCCAUCUGGGUGGCGAAGAUUUCGACAAUCGCAUGGUGUCGCACUUCGUCGAAGAGUUCAAGCGCAAGAACAAGAAGGACAUCUCGAGCAAUAAGCGGGCCCUGCGUCGCCUGCGAACGGCCUGCGAGCGGGCAAAGCGCACCCUUUCGGCAUCGACUCAGGCGAGCAUUGAAAUCGAUUCGCUGUUCGAGGGCAUUGACUUCUACACUUCGAUGACCAGGGCGCGCUUCGAAGAGCUCAACUCGGACCUGUUCCGCGACACGAUGGAACCGGUGGCGAAGGCGCUGCGGGACGCCAAAAUGGACAAAAGCAACAUUCAUGAUAUAGUGCUGGUCGGUGGAUCGACUCGCAUCCCGAAGGUUCAGAAGCUGCUGCAAGAUUUCUUCAACGGCAAGGAACUGAACAAGUCCAUCAAUCCCGAUGAAGCCGUUGCGUACGGGGCAGCCGUGCAGGCCGCUAUCUUGCAGGGCGAUACAUCGGAAGCGGUUCAGGAUCUGCUCCUGCUGGACGUGACUCCACUCUCACUGGGUAUCGAAACCGCAGGAGGCGUUAUGACGGUGCUGAUCAAACGCAACACCACGAUUCCAACGAAGCAAACACAAACCUUCACCACCUACUCAGACAACCAGCCAGGGGUGCUGAUUCAGGUGUACGAAGGCGAGCGUACCAUGACGAAGGAUAACAAUCUGCUGGGAAAGUUCGAGCUCAGCGGCAUUCCGCCAGCUCCGCGGGGAGUUCCGCAAAUUGAGGUUACGUUCGACAUCGACGCGAACGGUAUCAUGAACGUUUCGGCCAUCGAAAAGUCCACCAAUAAGGAGAAUCGCAUCACCAUUACCAACGACAAAGGCCGGCUCAGCAAGGAGGACAUUGACCGUAUGGUAAACGAAGCGGAGAAGUUCCGGAGCGAGGAUGAGAAGCAACGCGAUAAGGUGGCGGGCAAGAACGCGCUGGAAUCGUACUGCUUCAACAUGAAGUCGACAGUGGAGGACGCAAAUGUCAAAGACAAAAUUCCCGAUGCCGAUAAGACGCUCAUUUUGGACAAGUGCAACGCCACCAUCUCGUGGCUCGACGCCAACCAGAUGGCGGAGAAGGAAGAGUUUGAGCACAAACAGAAGGAACUGGAAGCCGUGUGCAACCCCAUUAUUCAGAAGCUCUAUCAGAGCGCUGGAGGAAUGCCCGGUGGGCCGGGUGGAAUGCCCGGAGCCGGAGCCGGAGCACCUCCGCCAUCAUCCGGUGCCGGUCCAACGAUCGAGGAAGUGGACUAAAACUGGUCGCACAAUGGAACACAGGACGAAAAGACAGAUAGCCAAAGGCCAAAGGCAAUCCAGGGCAAUUUC